AUGUAAAAGUAAAUUGAUGAGGUUGAACUAUUAUUAAAAAAGAGUCCUUAACAUAGAAGUAAAGCAGAAAUUGAUCUACUUGUUAAAUUAACAUCAGAUCUUCCCUUUUUUAAAUAAUACACAAAAUUGGAUCAUGGAAUUCAGAUCUAAAGAUAAUGUUGUAAAAAUAUGUAUUGUGAAAAAUUUAAACCUAAUGAAAUUGUGUUCUAUGUAGGUAACCAUUAAUUCCUACCUCACUAGAUAGUGUUGGCACUAAAUUCUAUAUUAUUUUAGAAGGAUAAGUUAUGGUAUUAGUUAGAAAACCAAACUAAAUCGAAAUGGAAUCAGUAAGAAUCCUAAAUAAAGGAGAAUCUUUUGGUGAAUUAGCACUCUUACACAAAUAACCAAGACUGGCUACUAUUUAAUGUCUUACUGACUGUACUUUUGCAGUUUUAGAUAAAUAAUAAUUUAAACAUAUUCUUUCAGAAGAAUAAUAAAAAUAAUUAGAUGAAGUAUUUAUCUUCUAAUUAUGAAGAAUAUCGAUUAUUUCUCACAAAUUAAAAUAUUUUAACAUCUACACAGAACAUAAUUGAAACAUAUUUAUCUAAAUUCCUUUCUAUAUGAAUUUGAAAAAAAUCAAAUUGUUAUUUAAGAAGGUUAAAAAGUUGACUAUUUUAUUCUAAUCAAAUCUGGUAGUUUCUUAGUCAAAAAGUUUAAUAAAAAUAAAUAAACUAAUUCAAAUGUAAUCAUUUUAUUCUUCUCUUAGCUAUUUGAAAUUGGAGAACUCUAAGUAUUUGGAUUCUAUCACCUCAAUAUUAAUCUACCCUAUGAAUAUUCUUUGAUUUGUAAUUCAGCCAAAGGAUUCGCUUAUAAAAUUUAAAGAACAUCUUUAGUUGAAAGAAUGUUUGAAUAACAAUUUGAAGAAUUAAAAUUACAUAGAAUAGAAUUACAAUAAUUUGCUGAACUUAGAACCUAAACAGAUGCAAAAACAGCUUCUAAUUUUCCAUAAUAUUAUUGUUAAAGAAUCAAAACAGAAACUAUUUUAGAAUCUCCACAUUAAAGUGAAAAACUAAUUGAAACUACUAAAAAAAUUUAAUAAAUUUAACAAAUAAAAAAAUAACAAAGAAUUAAUAUUAUUAAAUAAUAACUCGAAUUUUUAUCUUAAAAAUAAAGAAAAUAUCCUAUUAAAGUCAUACCUACUAAUGUAAUGACACAAAAUUAAUCUGAACUCUUUUUUAAAUCAAAAACAUUUUAUAAUUUUAUUACUUAAAAUGAUUCUCAAGAAUAAGAUUAUUAAUAAAUCUAAUAAACUUAAGAAGAUAAACCUAGAAAUAAAAUUAAAAAACUUACAUUAAAAACUCAUUUUCCAGAAGAUUUAUUAGAAAAAUAAUCUUGUAAUAGUCCUUUAAGUACAUCUUAAUCCUAAUUGAGAAGUCAUAAAGAAAAGAAAAGAAAAAUAUUACCAAAUGCAUAAAACAGAAUUAAAUAUAGAAAAAUUUAGUCUUAGACUCACUUUUCUCCUCUCUUUAAAACACCUAAAAACCGUCUCUAAUUUAUAUAAAGUAGUGCUACAAGCAAUAGAGUUUUCUGA